AUGAUAGCUCACUCGGAUGUACUGUCAGCCUAUUCCAAAUCUCAUUAUUUACGUACAUAUUCCAAAGUUACAGCCAGCAGCCCAAACUGUAAUAAAUUUUUUGGACUGUGUUGCGGGGGUGUUCGAUCGGACCUAGAGAAACCUACAGAUGAUGUGCCUGAAAUGAAACAGUUGAUGGUGCAUUGCUUGUAUACUACAACGUAUUCCACUGAACGAUCUGAGCACUUUAAGCCAUGCAAAGACAAGGAUCUUGCAUACUGUCUCAAUGAAGGGGAAUGCUUUGUGAUUGAAACCUUAACAGGAUCGCAUAAACACUGCCGGUGCAAAGAGGGCUACCAAGGAGUCCGCUGUGACCAAUUUUUGCCGAAAACCGACUCAAUCUUGUCAGAUCCAACAGACCAUUUAGGAAUUGAAUUCAUGGAGAGCGAAGAAGUGUACCAGCGCCAGGUGCUGUCUAUUUCCUGUAUCGUCUUUGGCAUAGUCGUAGUGGGCAUGCUUUGUGCAGCGUUCUACUUCAAAACAAAGAAACAAACCAAGCAAAUUCAUGAACAGCUGAAAGAAACACAGAAUAGGAAAACCUACAGCCUAAAUGCUUCCAGCAUGAUGGCAAAGUCAGAGUGUAUGGCACAAAGCCGAGUCCAGCUGCAAAAUUAUUCAAAACCAGAUAGGCAUCCUGGGCCAAUUCUGGACAAAGUUAUGGAGUCUAGUUUUUCAGGCCCUCAGUCUUUCCCAGAGGCCUUGUCUCCCGACAGAGGAACACAGCCCAUCAAGCAACAUAGAAGUCUCUCUUCAUGCUGCAGCCCAGGACAAAAAAGUGGGAUGCUACACAGAAAUGCCUUUCGGAGGACUCCUCCCUUGCCUCGGGGUAGGUUCAAUGGAAUUACAGGACCAGCGUAUCAGCAGCUGGAAGAGUCAAGGAUCACAGAUCAGGACACAAUACCUUGUCACGGGUAUUCCUCCAGUGGUUUAAAAACUCCUCAGAAUACUUCAAUAAAUAUGCAACUGCCUUCAAGAGAGACAACCCCUUAUUUUAAUAACGUGGAUCAGAAGGACUUGGUCGGCUAUUCAGCUUCAAGGGCCAACUCCGUUCCCAUCAUCCCGGCUGUGGGCUUGGACGUAGCCUGCAUGCAAAUGCAAAAUGUUUCGGAAGUAACAGGCAUCAAAUGGUGCAAAAACUCCUAUUCAGCUGAACUUGUCAAUGUGAGUUCCCCAGUCAGUAAUUGUCUUAUAGCAGAACAACACGAAGUGAAAAUAUUGCUAGAAACUGUGCAGAAGCAGAUUCAGAUCCUGACGGACGCGAGGCGGUCGGAGGACUAUGAACUGGCGAGCGUAGAAGCAGAGAGCAGCGCGAGUGAGAACACGGCCUUUCUGCCCAUGAGCCCCACGGCCAAGUUGGAGCGAGAGGCACAAUUUGUCUUAAAAAGCGAAACGCAAAGAGACUCGGUAUUGACCAAGUGA